UUUUAAUUGAAAAUAUAGCAAUGAAGGAGGACCAGAAUAAGAAUUUUAAAUUCUGGGAUUUCAGACCUUAUUAUGAACAAGACAUAGAUCCAGACGAUUGUGAUCUUGAAGACUCUGAUUUAGAUAAUAUAGAAACUUUUGACGCCACAAUUGGAGUUUGGAAAGAUAAAUCAUGGAAGUCCCCUUCUAAACUUUGUCAUAAGUUUACAGUAUGAAAUCAACCCUCCCCAUGUGAUGUUGAGCAAGGAUAUCUUGAUAAUUGCUACUUAAUAGCUCUUUUGAAGAGCUUAGCAAAAUAUCGUCCAGAUCUUAUCGAGGAUCUAAUAAUUACAAAGAAGGAACACCAGGAUGGCCUAUUUGAAGUUUGCUUGUACGAUCACGGUCAGAAGAAAUAAAUUCAUACUUUCUGAUCUGGUCCCUUUCAAUGUAGAGAAUCAGUGCCCCUUAGGAGCUCAAAAGAUAACCAGAAAUAUCUGGCCGCUCCUUUUAGAAAAAGCAUAUGCAAUAUAUAACCAGGGAUAUGAUGCUAUACAAAGAAGUUCUUCCUUAAUCGCAAUGAGUAUUCUGACCCAAGGAGGGGCAAAAAGGAUAUAUGUAAAGAAGGCUUAUGACAAAAAUCCCUCGUCAGAAAAUCGUCAAAUUUUAAUUUAAACAGAUAGACUAAAGCUUAAACUCAAACAACCUUCUA